GAAAAUAUUUAUUUUAGACAGUUAAGAAAAUAUCUUUCUUUUAAAACAUCAAUAAUAAGAUCACUGCAAGUGUCAGAAGCAGUUAACGCGACCGCAAGUAUCUCCGGCACCGGCGAUAUCCGUUACCGGUCACCGUCAUCUUCCAAACUCCUACAACACUAAACCACCGCCGAUCUGGAACUCGAAUCCACACAAAUGCUAAAGCGCUCCGCCCGCCAGCCACAGGCACCGGCGCCGGAGUCGCUCAUCGAUAAGAUCUACCAAUUCCGUGGCGCCUGUCUAAUGGUGGCACUCCCUCUGCUCCUCGUCACACUCAUACUCUACAUCAUUCCUUCCACCUCUUCCCAUGAAUCCAUCGAGGAUUACGCUCUAACGCACCGUAAGAUUUCUCCUGAUCGUAAACUGUCCGAUUCGUUUGCUGUCAUUUUCGACGCUGGUAGCUCCGGUAGCCGUGUCCAUGUCUUUCGCUUUGAUCGGAACCUUGAUCUUGUUCACAUUGGUAAUGAUCUCGAGGUUUUCUUGCAGAUAAAACCUGGUUUGAGUGCUUACGCACAGGAUCCACGACAGGCAGCGGAAUCUCUUAUUUCUCUUUUGGAUAAAGCAGAAAGUGUCGUUCCUAUGGAGUAUCGCCCUAUGACACCUGUUAGAGUUGGGGCAACUGCAGGAUUGAGGGCUUUGGAAGGGGAUGCUUCUGAUAGGAUCUUGCAAGCGGUCCGAGAUUUGCUUAAGCAAAGAAGUACACUAAAAUCAGAGCCUGGUGCAGUUGCUGUGCUUGAUGGAACCCAAGAAGGUGCUUUUCAAUGGGUGACUAUUAACUAUCUAUUGGGAAAGUUGGGAAGAGAUUAUUCAGACACUGUCGGGGUAGUUGAUCUUGGAGGUGGAUCUGUUCAAAUGGCAUACGCCAUCUCAGAGACAAGUGCUACCAAGGCUCCAAAAGUACCUGAUGGCGAAGACCCUUAUGUCAAGGAAAUGUUCCUAAGGGGAAGGAAAUAUUACCUCUAUGUUCACAGUUACUUACGCUAUGGUUUACUAGCAGCUCGGGCAGAGAUUUUAAAGAUUUCAGAUGAUUCUGGAAACCCUUGCAUUUUAGCUGGCUAUGAUGGGUCAUACAAUUAUGGAGGAAAGUCAUUUAAGGCCUCAUCCUCCCCUUCUGGCUCAAGCUUGAAUGAAUGUAAAGGCAUAGCUCUUAAGACUCUCAAGGUUAAUGAGUCAAUAUGUACACAUAUGAAGUGCACUUUUGGUGGGAUAUGGAAUGGUGGCGGCGGCGAUGGACAGAAGAACCUUUUUGUCGCCUCAUUUUUCUUCGACCGGGCUGCGGAGGCUGGUUUUGCUGAUCCAAAGUCACCUGUCGCAAAGGUUCGUCCAGUGGAUUUUGAGAAAGCAGCAAAGCUAGCUUGUCAAACAAAACUCGAGGAUGCCAAAUCCACUUAUCCAAACGUCGAGGAAGGGAACCUUCCAUAUUUAUGUAUGGAUCUUGUAUACCAGUAUACACUGCUUGUUUUUGGACUCGGCCUAGAUCAAAUGCAGCAGAUUACAUUAGUGAAGCAAGUUAAAUAUCAUGAUUCUCUUGUUGAAGCUGCAUGGCCCCUAGGCAGCGCCAUAGAAGCUGUAUCAUCUAUACAAUGACACCAGUAUAAUAAUCAAUGCCUUAAAGUUUUGGAACGUGAGCUUUAUCGGGACCUCACAAGUUUUUUUGAGGAUGCAAUUAUCGUCAUUCAUGGUGCUCAGAAAUCAGGCGUGGACCCUCUCCUGCAUGCAUCAUUCUCUAACAAAAAUAAUGUGAGCGAGAGGAGAGGGAGAUGAUGAAAGAAAUGAGAAAAUGUUACUGAUGGGUGUCAAGAAAAAUUGUGGGAGACGAUUCAAACCCAAAGAAAUCGCAAUAAGGUAGAGAUUCGACUGGCACCGUGCUUACAAUAUAAGAAUAAACAAAAGAAGAUGGCUUCAAUAUUUUCCAUCUGUAACUGUUUUACAGCUUUGUAAGACUAAUUAUAUUCAUUUUUGUGAAUCUAUUUAUUUGUAGUCUUCAAAGAGAUGAUUGUAGUGAUGAAUGUAACAUCCCAGAAAACUUUCAUUCUUUAGAAGUUUCUUUAAAAUAUUUUUAUUAGCUAAGCUUAAUGUGUGUUUUCUUACCUUGAUAUUCUGUUCUUAAGAUUUCUUCAGUCUGUUAGGUUUAACAUCCUAAUCGACUAAAGAAACAUCUUAGCAAAUAUUUUUAUUAGCCAA